AUGAAAAGCAAAGGUACACAAACAAAAAUACAUUAUCAACAAAUAGUAGAACGAAAUUCUUCACCUUCAUUAUCAACAAAUUCUUCUAAAACUUCAUCAAAACCUUUGUGGCGUAUGUUCAGUAAUAACUGGUUACCCACAAAUGCUUUCAUUUCACGUGCUGGUGCUAUACAGAAUGAUAUAAGAGAGGGUACAACACAAAUGUCUGUGUUUUUUUCGGGAUUGUUUGGUACUGGUGUUAAAGAUAUUCCACCAAAACGCACAGCUACAACUAAUCUAUCUUCACUUUCUACAACAGUUAAACGUAGUCCAACCAAUGAUCAAAUAACACCAAUCAUCAAUAGACAAGAAAAUACAACAGAUGAAACCCAUCCAUUAGAACGAUCAAUAUCGGACAGUACGACAGUAAUUGAUAUGCCGAAACAAUCAUCAUCAACACGUCAAAGUAGUUCAAUAUUGAUUAAUGAUGAUAAUCGUCUUCAAGCAUAUGGUUGGAGUUUAUCAUCAAAAAAUCAAUUAAAAUUAUCCGAAGUAAAUGGUAAAGUUCAAGUUAAUGUACCUGUUCCAGUUUAUUGUCGACCAAUAUUUAAUACAAAUGAUACAACACAAAUAUGGUGUGCUGUUGGUAUUGAUCUCGAUGGUUCAUCAUUAACUACUGAUGAUACAUCAACAACAAAUGAAACAUCUGUUGAUCAAUUAAAUAAACAAUUAAUUGAAUCAUAUCAUCAAAUGAUUGAUGAACAAUGUUUAAAACUAUCAUCAAUUGUUUGGAUUGCUGCUAAAUCCAAUGAUACAGCUAUGAUUACAAUUAUUGAUUCAAAUAAAGCUGAAAAAGUUAUUGAUACAUUUACAUUAGGAAAUACUGUUGUUUAUACAAUGGGUAGCGUUCCAGGACCAUCAAGUACGGAUUAUUCACCAUUUGAUGAUUCAAAAUGGACUUUAUUUGAAGCUGAUACGGCAUUAGCUAGUGAUGUAAAAGUAACACCUUGUACUGUUUCAUCCCUUUCUACAGGUGGAAGUCGUUCAAGUACUUCAGAAACAGUUCCACUGGAAUUAAAAGUAUCUGAACAAGUUUUAGCUGAUGUAGCUCGUCAACCUGGAAAUGAAGAUAAGAGUAAUUCUUCAGCGAAAUAUCCAACCGUUUGGUUAGGAUCAGGUGAUGGAUGGUUAUAUAUUCAUUCAGCUAUAAGUGAACACCGAAAAACAAUUGAAAAAGUUUGGCUUCGACAUGCUAUUUAUAGUAUUGUGCAUGUUCGUGGUCGAGUAUUUGUUGCACUUGCUAAUGAAAAAAUUGUUGUAUUUCAUCGUAAUACAGAUGGAACAUGGAAUUUAAAUAACAUUCAUUUAAUUGUGACGGGUAAAAGUCGAGAAUCAGUUCGAUGUAUGAUUAAUGUUGGAGAAACAAUAUGGUGUGGUGUAGCUAAUCGAGUUUAUGUUAUUCAUACACAAACACUAGAAGUUCGAAAACAAUUCGAUGUUCAUUCACGAUCGGAUCAUUCUGUUCAACAUAUGACUUGGUCUGGUGAUGGUGUUUGGUUAUCAAUUCGUUUAUCAAGUACUUUACAAUUAUAUCAUGCACAAACAUAUCAACAUUUGCAAGAUGUUGAUGUACAACCAUAUGUUGAAAAAAUGAUUACAACAGAAAAAACUGGUCUUUAUUUUGUUCAUAUUAGUGCAUUGACGAUCGCAUGUCGUCGUCUAUGGAUUGGUACUGGUAAUGGUAUUAUUAUUUCUGUUCCACUUACUGACAAUAUAUCAGCACCAUCAUCGAGUUCAUCAACAACAAAACCUGGUUCUGUUGUUCGUGUCUAUGAUCAAACAUCAUCAAAUUAUAUUCCAUAUUGUAGUAUGAAUAAUGCCCAAUUAUCAUUUCAUGGUUAUCGAGAUGCUGUAAAAUUUUUUGUUGCUGUACCUGGUCAACCACCAUCGAAAUUACUUCAUGAUGAUGAAUCAGUUAAUUCAACAUUAACUUCAAACACAACUGAUACAUCAACAUUAGCGUUUGGUGAUAUACUUGUUGUAAGUGGUGGUGAUGGUUAUAUUGAUUUUCGUAUUGGAGAUUCAACAACAGAAAAACUUGAUGAUGUAAAUAAUAGCAAUAGAAAUAUAUCAUAUCUUAUUGUUUGGCAUUUGGGUUCGACUUAA